AUGUCCGAAGUCAGCCGUGUCUGGGAACUGAAAUUCGGAAGUGACUUCUUUAUCAAAGAUCAGGAUGAAUUGUAUGCUGAUAUCCAUACAGAAGCAGUUCAAGCCGCACUGGCAAAGCAUAAAGAACAGAAAAUGGCUCUGCCCAUGCCAACCAAAAGGCGGUCCACAUUCGUCCAGUCUCCUGCAGAUGCCUGCACACCUCCUGACACGUCUUCGGCCUCUGAGGAUGAGGGCUCUCUGAGACGCCAAGCUGCGCUCUCUGCUGCCUUGCAACAGAGCUUACAGAAUGCUGAGUCCUGGAUCAACCGUUCAAUUCAGGGAUCGUCCACUUCUUCAUCCGCAUCUUCUACGCUGUCCCAUGGAGAGGUCAAAGGAACCAGUGGGUCUCUAGCUGAUGUAUUUGCCAAUACUCGAAUAGAGAAUUUCUCUGCUCCCCCUGAUGUUACUACAACUACCUCUUCUUCAUCAUCAUCUUCCUCAAUGCGCCCAGCAAAUAUUGAUCUGCCCCCCUCGGGGAUAGUUAAAGGCAUGCACAAAGGAUCCAACAGGUCCAGCCUUAUGGAUACAGCUGAUGGUGUUCCUGUCAGUAGCAGAGUAUCCACUAAAAUCCAGCAGCUUCUCAACACUCUGAAACGACCCAAAAGACCUCCCUUAAAAGAAUUUUUCGUGGAUGACUCUGAAGAAAUUGUGGAAGGUAUACCUCAGCCAGACCCCAACCAGCCCAAGCCUGAAGGACGGCAGAUGACCCCUGUAAAGGGGGAGCCAUUAGGAGUCAUCUGUAACUGGCCUCCUGCUCUUGAGUCGGCCCUGCAGCGCUGGGGCACCACGCAAGCAAAAUGCCCCUGUCUGACCGCCCUGGACGUGACGGGGAAACCAGUUUACACGCUCACAUACGGAAAGUUGUGGAGCAGAAGUUUAAAGUUGGCCUACACACUGCUUAAUAAACUGGGGACCAAAAAUGAACCUGUAUUAAAACCUGGAGACAGGGUAGCCCUGGUUUACCCCAACAAUGAUCCAGUCAUGUUCAUGGUGGCUUUUUAUGGAUGUCUCCUGGCAGAAGUGAUUCCAGUGCCUAUAGAGGUACCUCUUACCAGAAAGGAUGCUGGAGGGCAGCAGAUUGGCUUCUUGCUAGGAAGCUGUGGUAUUGCCUUAGCUCUUACCAGUGAAGUUUGUCUAAAGGGGCUGCCAAAAACCCAGAAUGGAGAAAUUGUACAGUUUAAAGGUUGGCCCCGGCUCAAAUGGGUUGUAACAGAUUCCAAGUACCUUUCAAAGCCACCUAAAGACUGGCAGCCCCACAUCUCACCUGCUGGUACAGAACCAGCGUACAUUGAGUAUAAAACAAGCAAAGAAGGGAGUGUAAUGGGAGUUACAGUGUCCCGCCUUGCAAUGUUGUCUCAUGGCCAAGCUCUGUCCCAGGCCUGCAAUUAUUCUGAAGGGGAGACAGUAGUAAAUGUUUUAGACUUUAAGAAGGAUGCCGGGCUGUGGCAUGGCAUGUUUGCGAAUGUAAUGAAUAAGAUGCAUACAAUUAGCGUACCCUACUCUGUUAUGAAGACUUGCCCUCUCUCUUGGGUCCAAAGAGUACAUGCCCACAAAGCCAAGGUAGCUUUAGUAAAAUGUCGAGACUUGCAUUGGGCUAUGAUGGCGCAUCGGGACCAAAGAGAUGUGAGCUUGAGUUCCCUCCGAAUGUUAAUUGUAACUGAUGGAGCUAAUCCCUGGUCUGUGUCGUCCUGUGAUGCCUUCCUGAGUCUAUUCCAAAGCCAUGGACUGAAACCUGAGGCCAUCUGUCCAUGUGCUACUUCUGCUGAAGCCAUGACUGUUGCAAUCCGCAGGCCUGGAGUUCCAGGGGCCCCUUUGCCAGGAAGAGCUAUUCUCUCAAUGAAUGGAUUGAGCUAUGGGGUAAUACGGGUCAAUACUGAAGAUAAAAAUUCAGCACUGACGGUCCAGGAUGUGGGCCACGUAAUGCCUGGUGGGAUGAUGUGCAUUGUGAGACCUGAUGGACCUCCCCAACUCUGCAAAACAGAUGAAAUUGGAGAAAUCUGUGUCAGCUCUAGAACAGGAGGCAUGAUGUACUUUGGGCUUGCUGGUGUGACAAAAAAUACAUUUGAGGUGAUUCCAGUGAAUUCUGCAGGCUCUCCUGUUGGGGAUGUGCCCUUCAUCCGGUCAGGACUUCUGGGGUUUGUAGGGCCGGGCAGUUUGGUGUUUGUAGUUGGAAAAAUGGAUGGGUUACUGAUGGUUAGUGGUCGAAGACAUAAUGCUGAUGACAUUGUUGCUACUGGAUUGGCUGUUGAAUCAAUAAAGACUGUUUAUAGAGGAAGAAUUGCUGUGUUUUCUGUGUCUGUAUUUUAUGAUGAGCGCAUUGUGGUGGUUGCGGAACAAAGACCCGACGCUUCAGAGGAAGACAGUUUCCAGUGGAUGAGCCGAGUGUUGCAGGCAAUCGAUAGCAUUCAUCAAGUGGGUGUUUAUUGUCUUGCUCUGGUGCCUGCCAAUACAUUGCCAAAAACUCCUCUAGGAGGGAUCCACAUAUCUCAGACGAAACAGCUCUUUCUGGAGGGAUCUCUACAUCCUUGCAAUAUCCUCAUGUGCCCACAUACAUGUGUGACCAAUUUGCCAAAACCCCGACAAAAGCAACCAGAAUACUCGGAGCCAAAUUUGUGUGACACACAGCAAAUGCACAUGAUGCACGUGGCCACACGGCCAGCAGGAACUACUGUGUGCACAGCCAAUUGCCUUCAGCUUCAUAAGCGAGCAGAGAGGAUUGCGUCCGUUCUUGGUGAUAAGGGUCAUCUAAAUGCAGGAGACAACGUGGUGUUGCUCUAUCCACCUGGCAUCGAGUUAAUAGCUGCAUUCUAUGGUUGCCUGUAUGCGGGGUGCAUACCUGUCACUGUCCGACCUCCUCAUGCUCAGAACCUUACGGCCACAUUGCCUACUGUCCGCAUGAUUGUUGAUGUCAGCAAAGCAGCCUGCAUUCUCACCACACAGACCCUGCUGAGGUUACUGAGGUCCCGAGAGGCAGCAGCAGCUGUGGACGUGAAAACGUGGCCAACCAUCAUUGACACAGAUGAUUUACCCAGGAAAAGGUUACCUCAGCUGUAUAAACCACCCACUGCUGAGAUGUUGGCGUAUCUUGAUUUUAGUGUCUCCACAACUGGCAUGCUGACAGGAGUGAAGAUGUCCCACUCUGCAGUCAACGCUCUUUGUAGAGCCAUCAAGCUCCAGUGUGAGUUGUAUUCUUCUCGGCAGAUCGCUAUCUGCCUUGACCCUUACUGUGGACUUGGCUUUGCACUCUGGUGUCUCUGCAGUGUCUAUUCAGGUCACCAGUCCAUCUUAAUUCCUCCUAUGGAGUUAGAAAACAACCUUUUCCUCUGGCUCUCCACUGUCAACCAGUACAAAAUAAGGGACACUUUCUGCUCCUAUUCAGUAAUGGAGCUCUGCACCAAAGGGCUUGGAAACCAAGUGGAGGUGCUAAAGACCAGAGGAAUCAACCUCUCCUGCAUCCGGACAUGUGUGGUUGUGGCUGAGGAGCGACCCCGCAUUGCCCUCCAGCAGUCCUUCUCCAAGCUCUUCAAAGACAUUGGGCUGUCCCCUCGGGCUGUCAGCACCACUUUUGGAUCCAGAGUCAAUGUAGCGAUAUGUUUACAGGGAACCUCAGGGCCUGAUCCAACUACUGUGUAUGUAGAUCUGAAAUCAUUGAGACAUGACAGGGUUCGUCUUGUGGAACGGGGUGCCCCCCAGAGUUUGCUUCUCUCAGAGUCUGGAAAGAUUUUACCUGGAGUGAAAGUGGUUAUUGUUAAUCCCGAGACCAAAGGGCCUGUUGGAGACUCUCAUCUUGGAGAGAUUUGGGUGAACAGUCCCCACACGGCCAGUGGCUAUUACACCAUCUAUGACAGUGAGACUCUUCAAGCUGAUCAUUUCAACACUCGCCUCAGCUUUGGGGAUGCCGCGCAGACACUCUGGGCGCGGACAGGAUAUCUUGGAUUUGUCCGCCGGACUGAGCUCACAGCGGCCACUGGAGAGCGUCACGAUGCAUUAUAUGUGGUGGGAGCUCUGGACGAAACGCUAGAGCUGAGAGGAUUACGAUACCACCCGAUCGAUAUCGAGACCUCAGUGUCCCGGAUCCACAGGAGCAUUGCUGAAUGUGCCGUGUUCACAUGGACCAACUUGCUUGUGGUGGUUGUGGAACUAUGUGGCUCUGAACAGGAAGCCCUAGAUCUGGUUCCUUUAGUGACAAACGUGGUCCUGGAAGAGCAUUACCUCAUCGUUGGCGUCGUGGUGGUGGUGGACCCAGGUGUUAUCCCCAUCAACUCCAGAGGAGAGAAGCAGAGGAUGCACCUCCGUGACAGCUUCCUGGCGGACCAGUUAGACCCCAUCUAUGUGGCUUAUAACAUGUAACCAGCCUUGUGGGGAUCACAGGGGGGCCAUCCUGAAAAACCACAAGGACCAAAGACCAGUGACUAGGAGCAAGCUUUCAUAUGAUGUGAAAUAAGCUGAGAUGGUUACAUUAUAUCCUUCAUCUCAUCCUGUGGGAUUCUGCAAUCACAGGACACACAGGAAAGGGGAAUCGUAUGGUAGCAAAUGAAAAAAAUGUUAACAGUCCAUUAGUCAUGAGCUUUGACAUAGCGUGAGCAGCACGUUACUAAAGCGAUUCCAUGCAUGUUGCAUUUUUUUCAUCUGUUGUAUAUACUUGUAUUUUUAUCUAAUGCUGUUUUAGAAUUUUGUAAGGGAGUUUAAUGAAUUCACAUGAAGGGGGUAGUCGGGAGUUCUCCAGUUCCCCGCUCUGUACUGUAUUCUGCCGUUUUACCAUAGCUGGACUUUCUGCAGGUUUGUUGACGUGGAACUGCUCAGCUUAUUUUCUGCUGACCCAUAAUAAGCAAAUCAAAUAACCCACUGAAUAGGAGAGUUACUUUAUAUAUAUAUAAUUCUUGAGAGUAAAACAUUUUGACCAGUGUUUUAAACGUGUAAAUAAGAAUACACACAAUUCAGCUAAACAAUUGAAGAAUUGGCGUGUGUAGUCAUGACAACUAAAGUAGAAGCAUUUCUACUUGGUGAGAAUUUCAAUAUUCUCUUAAUGCAGUGUAAUUGAAUAGGUAACUAAAAAGUGCAAAUUGUUUGCAGGUUUCGCUGCACAUUGUACUAUGUCUCUGUUGGCUGAUGUAUUUUAUAAACGAAAGCUGCCUCUGUUUUUCAAGCUUGCAUUCCCAGAAUCAGCUUAAGCUUUUAAGAAUUCAACCUGUUUCUACAAGCUGAAAAAUCUCGGUUUAAAAAUCAAACUGUUAUGAAAAGGCUAAGCUUCAUUAGAUCCCACCCUAUCCUAAGAAACCACAAGAACUCACUCCGGCCCCCGGUGUUGAAACUGUGUUUCAGAUUUAGAGUGACUACGUAAGAUUUUAGGAUUUCCUCUUUUUCCAGGCCUAUUGUCAACUUCGUCUCCAGUUUAUCCAUAUAGCUUCUCUUCGGAAAACUGAAGAGUGUCCUCUGUUCUUCCAGUUCAUGAGGGCAGGGAUUUUAGGAACAAGAAUGACAGGCUGGGAAGGCAGUGGGAUCAGCAGUCACGGGAAACCAUAAAGGUGACAUAACUACAGAUCUCAAAACUGACCGAUUUGGGUUGCCAAAAUAGUGAGGCUUAUGCUGAAAUAGGGGAAGUCUGAUGUAUGCAAGAAACUCUUUUGAAAUAACUGUGGUGCCCAGGCCAAGUGGACUGAGCGUGGGACUGAGUUUGGCCUCUGGCUCGGUUUCCUUUCUUUGGUCUGAUACUUCAUGUAUUUGAAUAUAGUUGAAUUUUAUUAUUUUUUUCUUACAGAAAUAUUUUUAAAAAUUAAAAAAAAAAAGAAAAGCUCCAAGUGAACAGAGUUAACUUGUUAUAUCAGAAUGGACCCACUCUGGUCUAUUGUGUAAAUAUUUAUUUAGACUAUUUUAAUAAUACAUAUUAUUUACCCCACUGUAACAUCAUGUAAACUAAAUAUGUUUUUAAACAAUUUUUAAGACUUGUAAUUACCCUGAAAAUAAGGUUUAUAAUGCAAAGCCCAGACCCUUCGUCACUCUCGGGGGCUGCCCUUCAGUCUUGUGGCUCCAAGCCACUUUCUUGCCUCCCUUUUACAUAAGUCUCUUUUCCUCCCAGUUUUUUCUCUGCUGAGGGCAGACCUCAAGACAUUUUCCAGUUCCAGAUCUCUUUUUUGACAUUUUGGAUGAAAUUAAUUUACACAUGAUGGAAGAGGUUCUAAGAUGUACAGAAAAAAAGUACUUACAUUGGGGCAGGAAAUCCCAGUGACUAGCUAUGGUUCAGUUUGCAGAAAGAACAGCCUGCUUAUUUGGAAAGUAAUUUUCUUACAAUAGUUUUUAAUGAUUCACUAAACAAAGCAAGGGAUCCUGAGGAUUAAAUAGUUCUAUCUCCAUAAUCCACGAGUUCUAAGAAAAAAAUAUAGGCAGAGUCUUAUCCUAUGGGUUGCUUUGAAAAUUCUUACUGCACAAGUUAGGGUGUCUGGUAGAAACAUAAUGUGAGCCACAUCGGUCAUCUUAAAUUUUCUAGUAACCACAUUUGCACAAGUAAAAAGAAACCAGUGAAAUUGACUUUAAUAUCUUUUAUUUAACCCAGUAUAUCAAAAAUACUAUAAUUUCCAUGUGGAAUCAAUAUGAAAAGGGAUUGAGAUACUUUCUUUUCUUUUUUUCAUAUUAAGUCUUUGAAACCCAGUGUGUAUUAAGCACAUUUCAGUUCGGACUACCCAUACUUCAAGUUUUCAGAUAGCCACAUAUGGCUAGUAGCUACAGUAUUGGGCAGAGGUGAUGUGUACUCAUUCUUUCAAAUAAGAUACUCCAGUAAUCUCAGAGUAUGGUCAACUCCCAGUUACUUAGGGUCUGAUUAUCUGGGUUUGUAGUUCCUCAGGCCUUUGAUUUAUCUUUAGUUUUUGCUUUCUACCUUGUGGCUGCUUUACUGAUCUUUUGCAUAUUCCCCAAAGCCAGAAUAUGCUAGUGGAGGAAAGAAAGCUGAGCUAUGUCUUCGGGACCUUCUCAGUAACUGUGGUAAAGGAUCCUCUGGAAGGGGAAGAGAGUCCAGUCGUUAGCCUGUGGGUGUUUGAGGGGUCAUCUAUAGUUUUAAUGCCUAGUCUGGUACAGACUUGGAUAAGAAAACUUCCUCCUGAUGACACAGUGCUCUUGCCCUUUCCACAUUAAGUAGAACCUUUGUGGUAGAAUGGACUCUUAGGACAGACCCAAAAGGCCAUUACCGAUAGAAACAGCCUAGCCAAAACUCUGGAACACAUUCUGUCUGGGUUUUUAUUUUAUGCCUGUGAAAAAGACAAUGAGAUUAAUAGCAAGCCCCCAUUUCAGUUAAGAGAAAUCCAUUCAUCUAACAGCUUUUGAACCUCUUUCUGCCUCUCAGCAGAAGUAAUUGAGGUAGAUCAGGAAGGGGCUGCCUCAGGAAAAUUCCUAAGCCCAAGGGAUUCUUAGAGCUGCACAAGUGUCAUCUCCUGCAUCAGUGAGACCCUGGGAAUGACCGGCAUGCUAACGGGCAUGGGUGUGAAUCCACAGCCUUUAUUUACUUGCUGCCUCAGAAAGGGGGCCCGGUCCAGACCAUCGCCACCAUCAAGCCCUUUCCUCACGAAGUUGUGCUGCCUCGGGCUGUUUAGGGACCAUUGCCUGUCUGUUGGUAAUAUAAGUGUGUCUCCUUUCUUUAGUCCCUGGGCAGUGCUUGCUUAAUGCUUUUGUUGAAUCAACAAAGGGCCUGAGGCCUUAGGUUUUUUUGUUAAGGUCUCCGCCCCAGGCAUGGUGCUCAAUAUCUUGGCCAAAUAAAUUACUUUCUUUGAAUAUCCAGCAAUCUUUUAGACUAAAGCAAUGAGGAGUUAUCACCUCACCCUCAAACUCCAACAUAACCUAUGCCUUAGUGUUGUUUUUGUUGUCUGCUUUGAUGUAAAAGCAAGAGUAUUUGGAGCAAGAAGCUGCAGUACUCCAAAUACACAAUAGGCCUUUUCUUUAUCAUUCAUAAAACAUUUCUGGUCUAGGUAUGUGUAGAUGGGCCAUGUUAUUUGUCCACAGGAAGAGUGUGUAAAGAUAUAAGAAUAAUUUUUUAGUCCUAAAUGAUGUUUUGUUUACUUUCUGUCAAGAUAUUUACCAGUGUCAAAUUCAAACUAUAGUACUGUGUAAUUAUGUAUAAAGUUUUUUUAUUUAUUUGAAAUUAGACUAGAUAUACAUUUUUAAAUUUAACAUCUGGCUGGACAGUGUUCUAUUAACUCAUUGAAUGUGUUUCCUUUGUCUUGUGUUAAUAAAUAUUGAUGCCUGAUUGUG